AUGGAGCUUCCUUUUGGGGAGUUCGGCCUUAUUUUGGGCAUGGACUGGUUGGUAGAGCACCGAGUCAGUUUGGACUGUGCAUCUAAGAGGGUCAUUCUGAGAACCGAGGAUGAUGUGAAGGUGGUUAUGAUUGGUGAGUGUGAAUACUAUCUGUUGCAUUUGAUCUUCGCCCUAGUAGCUGAAAAACUGGACCCGAUAGGAUGUGAGGCGUACUUGGCAUAUGUAAGUGUUUUAGAUUAUAGGGACUCUUCUGUUGAGAACAUCAGAAUAGUAAAGGACUUUCUGGACAUCUUUCCUGAGGAGUUAUCGGGAUUACAAUUGAAUCAAGAAGUGGAAUUUGGAAUUGAGCUUCUUCCGGGUAUAGGUCCAGUGUCCAUCGCUCCCUACCACAUGGCACCAAAGGAGCUUACAGAGCUUAAGGUUCAACUGGAGGAACUUUUGGAUCGUGGUUUCAUCCGUUCUUAUCAGCUUGUCAUGGUCUUCAUCGACGACAUUCUGGUAUACUCUAAGACUAAAGAGUAUCAUAAUGAGCUUAUUAGAGUAGUGCUUCAGAUUUUGUGUGAGAACCAGCUAUACGCUAAAUUCAACCAGUGUGAGUUCUACCUUCGUGAGGUAGCUUUUCUAAGGCACGUGGUUUUUGCAGAAGAGAUUCGAGUUGAUCUUCGAAAGAUCGAGGCUGUACUGGAGUGGAAACAACCUAAGAAUGUAUUUGAGAUCCGUAGCUUUCUGGGUUUGCCUGAAUCUGGAAGGGAGUUUGUAGUAUACAAUGAUGCGUCGCAUGUUGGAUUGGGUUGUGUUCUGAUACAGGGGGUAAGGCUGUGGAUUAUGCGUCCUAGGUGUAUCAUCUAUAUGGAUCACAAGAGUCUUAAGUAUCUCCUCACUCAGAAGGAGUUUAAUCUUAGGCAGCAUCGAUGGAUUGAGCUACUUAAGGACUACGAUUGCAAAAUAGAGUAUCAUCUGGGUAAAGCCAAUGAGGUGGCCGAUGCUCUGAGUCAUAAGGCGAUGACUGAUCUAAGGGCAAUGUUCACUCGCCUUAGUUUGUUUGAUGAUGGGUGUUUAUUGGCCUAUUUGUAA